GCGAGGCGGCGGUUCGCAUCGGCCAAUCGCGGCGCGCGAUCUCUCGCUCGGCCGACUCGGCGUCACGUUCACUUCAGUCAGCUACGGGGCUUCGGUUGGCGCAUAUGAGCGUGGUGUUCGUAUCCUUACGGAGGACACGCGGACCGUUACUGUCGCGGCGUCGCUGCAGUGUGAAGGGACACAGGCAGCGGGUGGGUGAACGCGACUCGGGCGCUCAAAGGAUCGCGAGGGGAAAACGAUUCGCUCAACGGGGUACAACGCGUCGUCCCUCUGACAUGAGGAGGCCGGUAGUCGCGAGAAGACCGAUCGACUGCGAGCGUUGUGUACGCGCUUUGACAUUCGGAGCAACGGCCGGUCGCGACGGCUCGGGCUCCCCGUGCAACUUGACCGACGGAAGGAGCACGCGGUGAAUCCGGCUUGAACUUGGAGAGGAGGUCGACGACGCCUGAGGAGACCAGCGGCGGCAACAACAGCGUCGCUGCUGGGCUGCCGCCGAACGCGGGUAUAUUUUUGAGACUUUCUCCUCGCGCUCGCCGUCUCAACUUUGAUCGACGUUGCAUCAUGCGCUCAGCGUUAAACAGUAACGCCAUCGCGGAAAGAAGCGCGACAAGUUAGUAACGCGGCAGGGGUCGCAAGGUCGGGCGUUAGGACAGUGGCGAGGCAGGAGAGUUCGGAGGGUGCCGGAGGGAAAAUAUCAUCGGGCGCGCUCUGCGUCGCGGGAGAGCGAGAAGGAGAGAGAGAGAGAGAGAGAGAGAUGCGCGUUGUAACGCGUUAGUGCUGCAUCAUGGCGCAUGCCGAUACGAUAAGCCGCUCCGCAAGUUUUCCACGAUGUCCCGAAAUAGCCGUUACCCGACGCCAGCUGGAUUAAGGAACUUUCCUUCGGAUGACACGAGACGAGCGAGAGGCACGAACCCGAUAACGUAAUCGCCGUCGUGAGAGGAGGUAUGCGACUCGCGAAUCGGCGACGCAUCGCUGCAAAGUUCAGGAGCGACGUUUGGAAUUCGACGCGCAGCCGAACGACGGCGGAAACACCGCCCGCCGUCGGUGGAUUCCUCGAUGAUGUUUGUGCCGCAAGGGAGGGGGGGAGCAUUACCUCGCUCAGGAGAGAGUUCGGCCGUUUGUAAUUGCCCGGAUUAUUGCGCUGCUGAUCGCGUUCUCCAGCGGUAUUCUCGGCAUCGCGGCCCCGAGCCUCGAGGUGCGGAGAAUACAUAGGAGUUGCUACGGUUACGCGAUACGGAAAGAGAGAGAGAGAGAGAGAGAGAACUAUAAUCGCGGAACGGACGUGGCACGGCGUGAAGUGUAAACGAUGAUGCGUCCGUGUGAAUUCGGCAACAGCACCGGAUAGUAUUGGCGAGGGAUCGAUCCGCGACUGGAAGCGACGACGAGGCGGCAUCUGGAGAAUUUCUCAGAGAGGCGCCGGCGAAUGCACACCGCUCGAUAAACGCGAUAAGAUCGCCUUAUCAACGUAACAGGCUGCGCCCGUAGGAAGCGUGAACGCCUCUUCGAUUCGCAGAUGCACCUGCGCGGGUGAGACCUCGCGACUUAUCGCCGUUGGGAGGACGGAUUCGACGAUUGUUCGCGAGGAGGGCGUGCACGGGAACGAUCGGGGGAGAUCGCGAGAAGCGUCGCAGAAGCGCAUCGUACCGUUUCGUGACCGUGGCUAAAAUCAAAUUAAUAAUAAUAAUACUUUAUUGGACGCAAGUUUUACAGUGAGUAUUGGGUAUCCUUUAAACGAGAGGGAAAGGCGAUCAAAAAGGCGCAGCAACAGUUGAAGAGCUGGUUUUAAUGCAUUGCCUUUUCUUCAAGCUCGACUAGAUACGAAUAAACAGAACGCAAGUAGAAUGCAAACUAAAAAUUACACAUUACAAACAAAAUGCACGUAACACGGGAAUUUAUACACUGAGGAACCCAUUUAGUUGACUCAAAUCAAAUAAUUACUUAGCGGAUAUGGGCAAACAAAUGGUUUUGGCUGUGAUAGCCAACAUUUAGUUCUCUGUACCAAAGUUUUGGUUCUCUAAAUCAAACUUUUUUCAUUUUCAUUUCAGAGAACCGAUAUUAAUUUGAAUCUCGGGUAGAUUCAAAUUAAAAUUCCUCUUUAUCAGAAGUAAAUAAAAACUUUUGAUCUUGAUUCGCGGUCUCCUGAUAUAUUUUGGAGGCCGAUAGGAUACUUAAAUAUGUUGUGUGAAACUUGCGAACGCUCGCGCUUUGGUCGUAAUUUCAAAAGAUUCGCGCGAAGAAGUUACCGUCGGUCGCGAUAAGCGUCGAAGUGACAGUUGAGAAAUACUGUUGUGCGGAGAAUGACAAUCGAGACAAUAACGCUACUCGUGUCCCUUUUGUCUUCAAGGUCCUCAAGAACGACGGAGCACGGCGGGUCGAUGUGAAGGGAAGAAAGAAUUAACCGCGAUCGGGGCGCGAUGUCACGUGCCCGCACCGUCGAUACCGUCGUCGUCGCCGCCUGAUUUUCACACAUCCGGCCCGCAGCGCACAUUUAUUAUUUAUGAAUGGAUGGAGCUGCGACGGGCUUCGUCGGAGGAGGACCGGUUGCGGAUCUGGGAGGUCUGGAAAGAUGGUGGAACAAUCCGGCGAUCGCGGUCUGGAGCUUUGUCCUCUUCGGCUGUUUCCUGCUCAAUGCGACCCUCCUGCUCGCGUUUCUCGUACGGCCAGGGCUGCGCACCAUCUCCAACAGAUUCGUGAUGAACCUAACGGUCUCGAACCUGCUGACGUGCGCGCUGCUGAACCCGCUGUUGAUGAUGGACGGCCCGUCCGUCGCAGGGACCACACUGACGACGUCCACGUCGAACGCGUCCGGCGCGACGUCCUCGUCAGUCGGCAAUAUCUGCGCCAUAUCGGAAGGCGCCACCGCGCUCGUCACUACGUCGUCGGUGCUGUCGGUGUUGCUGAUCGCGGUUGACCAGUACUUCGCCGUGGUGGACCCGCUGCGUUACCGCGCCCGGGUGGAUAAGCUGAAGUCCGCCGUGCUGAUCGUCUCCGUAUGGCUGAUCUCGGCGGCGUUCGGCCUGAUCGCGUCCUUGAACCCGUCGCCGCGCAGUCUCUGGCUCUCGUGCACGACGUUGAACGGCAGCAACAGCAGCUCGUCCUACGGCGACGUCCUGCUGAACACCUCGUCGACGUCGAUCGACUCGGCGUUCGCGUUCUUCGGCGCCAACGGUACGUCCGUGGUGGAGGCGGUGGAGGAGCUGGUGGAGGAGGAAGUCGUGGACGGCACGGCGACGCCGACGUUGCUGCGGACGAUCGGGCCGAUCGGCGGCGGCGGCGGCGAUCUCCUCGAGGACUCCACCGUCUUCCUCGCCAACGACACCGUCACCUACGGCCUCAUCUACGCGGUCGUGCACAGCGUGCUCGCGUACCUGCUGCCGUUCGCCGGGGUCUGCUGGAUCUACGUCAGCAUCUACGCGGCCGCGCACCGUAACUCCGAGCGGACUCGCAGGACCGGCUCGCGGCCGGCCCUGUCGUCGUCCCCCAGCUUCUGCGAGGACCCUUACGCCCGGCCGCAGCCGGUCGACGCGUACCCCGAGGAGGCCCGCAGGAUACCGAAGAUCUCGAGCCUCUCGUCGAUCGACGAGACCAGCGAGACCGCGCACUCGGCCGGCAAUCAGGCGUCGCGCAGGAGGUCCUUCUCGUCGUCCUCGGACGUCCUGCAGUCGGGCCCGUCGACCGACGAGAGGACCGGCGUCGUCUUCACGGUGGGCCUGCAGCCGGUGGAGGUAACGCGCAGCCAGGAUCACGAGCGGGCGCAGCCGGUGGCGGUCCUGAAGGCGCAGUUCCUCGAAGACGACCGCGGCGUCGCGUCGUACGAGGACCUCGUGAGGAGCAAGUUCCGGGACUCGCCGGCGGACCGGCGACGCAAGUCCUCGCACGACCUCAUGUACGAGGCGGUGUCGACCGCGGAGUCGUCCGGCUGGAUCGCCGGCGACUCCAGCGAGUCCGAAUCGGAGGACGAGCGACGUUACGGCUGCUUCGACUCGCUGGAGGUGCCGGGGACUGUUCGCAGGACGAGCCACCGGAGACCCUCCGACUACUUCUUGUCGCUCGCGGCGUGCGAGACGCCGGAACGCUCCUGCGACGAUUCCAGGCGAAGUUCCUUCGACAAGGCCGUCGUUCGCGCGGACGAAGAGGAGGAGGACGACGGUCGUUCCGUCCGGGCGAAAGCGUCGGACACCGCGACGACGCAGCAGAACCGCGCGUUCGGCAAUGGCUCGUCCACGAACGCGACGACUAGCAAUUCGGACGGUAGGAAGUCGAGGCGAUUCGGUCGCCGCAAGUCGUCCGGCGAGCCGGCUGGUAAAAGCUCCGAGGGCAAUGUUCGGGGCAGCCACGCGGAGCCGUCGUCGUGCCUCCUCGCGCCGAUCGUGACGAUCACGCCGGCGCCGAACAAGCCGGGCAGCCUGAACCGGGUGUCCAGCAUACGCAGCACCAGCAGCUACAUCAACUCCCUGAAGCACCGGAUCAGCAACGGCUCGCUCUUCAGAUACCGCGAGGAGACGCGGGCGGCCCGGAUCAGCGCGCUCGUGAUCGUGAUGGGUCUGAUCUGCUGGUCGCCUUACGUUAUCCUCAGCGUGAUGAAGAACCUGCCGCAGUACUCGGGCCGCGAGUUCCCGCACAAGUACGACGUGCUGGCGCUGAGCUUCCUGAUCCUGGCCGCUUACGCGAGCCCGUUGCUCUUCGGCUACCGGUCGAGGCGCGUCAAGAGGGAGCUGCGCAGGUUCUUCUGCUUCCGGCGCGAGCUCUCCUACAAGAACAAUCGCAGCCUGAUGGCGAAGAAGGUGCUGAAGCGCCGGCACAGCAGCACGCUCAGCCAUCUGGAGAUGGACCAACGUUACAACAUCUUCAACUGCGUGUACGGGAGGAGCAGGUGGCCCAAGGAGAAGGUGCAGUUCGUGCAGGUGCCGGAGACCGCGCUCGCGGUCGAGACCUGCAGGAGCAGCUUCUCCAGCGGCGCCAGCACGCAGAUCUCCAGCACCUCCACCGAGGAGUGUUGAAUCGCGACGCGACCCUCGCGGGAACCGUCCGUCCUCGCAGCCCCGCCAGCCGGACGACGGACGCCGGUUCUCGCGAGGAGUGCGCGAGGAGUGCGACAGGCAGCUCGUGCUGUUCCUGCGUGUGUGGCGCACCCUCGCGGCGUCUGCGAGCGAUAACGAGAUAAACGUCGCGCCGGGGAACUCGGUUCCGGAACAGGGACCGGAUGGGAAUUCAAGCUGACGACACCGCAAAUCCAAGCGCGUUAUCUUAGCUGAGGAUUUUCCCGUGGAUUUCCCGCCGUUUUCACUCGCCUCACUUAACUCACGAUUGAAGGUUUUAAAUGGCGUGACUUCCUGAAACAGGAAGAAACGUGUAAAGAGUCAAAUGCGUCACUUUACGGCGCUUAUGCGUGUAAAAGUAACACUUGGAUUUGCAGUGGAGGAGUGAAAACUCUCAGCGUCAAGAAGUGACGUCUUUCUUACCGCGGCUGAGAAUAUGUCCGUGUGAACAUUUAGCUGUUUUGAAACUCGGCCGAGACAAUUGACCCGAGUGGAAAGCUUGUGCAGAAAGCUUUCGGCUCCUACAAUCAAAUUUUCCUCCGGUCCCCGGGCAGCGGAAAAUUCAGUUACGCCGACGGAAUUGUUUCUUCCGUGUAGCGAGAGAAUGACAGAGAGAAAGAGAGAGAGAAAAUCGCGGAGUUCGCGGCUCGCUUUCCGCCGUGGUUCCUUGAUGUUCGAAGAAUCUUAGGACGGGGAGAGGAGAGACGCUUCACUCUGAAAAUAUCCUCUUCAUUCUCGCGAGAACCCGGCGGUUCCUUCCUCUCGUGUCCCGAAGUCGACUCGGCCGUUCAGGUGUGCGCGAACGUCGCUCGAUGGCGCGUCGUAGAAACGUCUUUCCUCCGACUCGAUGUCUCGCAUGUACAUAAAAGCCCACCUACGUAAGACGCAGAACGAGGGUCGCGGAUUCGCAAGAUGAGACGCAGCCGUGACGUGUUUCCGGUCGUUACGGGUCGUAGGCUUCAAUACGCAGGACGCGGGCGAAUCUCGACUUUCGUGUCUCGCAUCGAAGCGACCAGCCAAUUAGGACGUGAUGUUGUGACGCACUGUUUUCUCAUUAGCUCAGCCCGAGUGCUCGCUGCGUGCUAUCUAUCGUGCGGACUACAUAGAGCGUGUUUCAUAUAUAGUCUGCCAAUACACCGGCAGUGCUGAAAAAUUGUUCCGUUGUUAGCACGCAGCGUGUCGCGACAGCAUUUGUGAUCCGUUCUCUUUAGCCGAACUGGCUGCACUGAUUCAAGAUACGUACACGUACACAUCGAAGUGUAUGAAGUGUACGUGGGAGAUUCUCGCGUUUCAGGGUGCGUACAUUUCUUGAACGCAGCGAGCUAAAAAGAACGGAACACUGGUUCCAUUAGUGACAUCAUAAAUGAUAGCCAUAUUGCCACUACGAUCGCUGCAGCUCCCCAGGUGAGGAAAUUACAGCGCGACACAGCGUCGGAUAAACGAUCCGUCGUAUAUAAAUGCAGGAGACGCACGCAAGGCGGGAAAUGCCUCCUGCCGGGGCAAACCCUUUAAUUAAGUCCUGCGCUAUUAAGCAUAUCGACAAUUUGCAAGCGUUUGUCUGUCGCGGGCGUUGCUGACGGGUAUCAAAGUAAUUUCGGAACGGCAUUGGACCGUUUUGUGACAUCACGAUGGUCGCCGGUGAAAAGCGAACACGCAUACGUGGACGCGAAAAUACUGCGUUCUCGUUCUCUCUGCGUCUUAUGCAGAUGGGCCUUAAUAACGAAGUCUGAUUUCGCGCCGGCGAACGGUCGUCGUCGAAACCGCUUGUUUUCCGAGCGGCCUCCCGCGAAUUCGCAAACUCGAAAAGGCGGACGAGAACCCGUGGCCGUUUUCCUGCUGCGACGUGUAUGUGUGCGCGUCGAUUUCCCGCGGCCACCACCUUGCAGCGCGAGAGCAAAAUAAACGACCGACUCGCUCGGGCGGAAGCAGAAGCGGCGGCGCGACGUGUUGCGCGCAGAGUAUCCGUUAGUAUUAAGAGCAUUAUGGUUAAGUUGUCGGGUGUUAGCCAGCUCGAGAGAAGUAUUAGAGUUCGCCGAACCCGAAGGAGGCUUUAGUCUUUACGCUUAUUCCACGCGCCGCGCGUCCCACGGCGCGUCUCACCUCGCCCGCGGACGUUUGACGCAAUUGACGGCGAUAAUAAUAAUAAUGUGCGUGUCAUCGUCCGCCAGGUGGAUGAUUCAAGUCCGUGGCGCGCGCGUCACACGCACUUCGUUGCGCGCCCCACUUGUUUCACCGUACGCGCGCACGCAAGUAUCAGGUUGAUUGAAAACUCUUUUCCCCGAAGCGACGAACGAGCGUUAUAGUAAAUGAGCUCGGCCGAAGCUACUUCUCCUCUUCUGGUGGAAGGAAACAACAUUUCUAGUUCUCAUGAACCAAAUUUCGUUCUCAGAUAAGCAAAAGUUCGGUUUCCUUCAACCAGGACGCGUUUGGUUAUCCGCUGUCACGUGGACGAAGAAAAUUCAUUUUUCAGUGUAGCGUGAACGAAACAUUCUUCGAGCGAGAAUAUGACACAUCGACAAAUCGAACGGAUGUUCCAGGAGAGUUUUCGGAAUCAAUCUGAUAUCGUCGCCGGUGCAGUCGUACGUUAGGAAUACGCAGCAUCUCAUGACAGAGUUCCCCGUCGAGGUCGCGUUGGUCCGUGUACGCCCUCGUCGGAGGACAUAUCAUCGUUCCCCGAUUACCCCUUUUUUUUGUACAUUACAAAAUGGAAAAGUGGACUCGUUUUAUUUAUAUUAAAUAAUCUGUACAUAGAAGAGAGAAGACGGCGAAUCUCACACUCUUAGUUCGUAAUCGCUCGCGUGUCACGUGUAAGUAGAGAGAGAGAGAGCGUCCGGUCAGCGUGUCUGAGUGAUCCGUGAACGCGAAUGUGCAACGUGAUACGCGCAAUCGUCGUGUUUCGCAUUACCCGUCGCGGGUAAACUCCAACAGGCUGUCUACGAUAUGUGAUAUAACACCGAAAACCAAUCGUCAAUAUUUAUGUGACUUUCUCAAUAAAAGGUUCUUUUUUGCGGAGCGCAAUC